GGGCAAUCGGUGGUAAUCCCAUCCACAUCGAAGACAGAAUACAUCAUCACAAAUCUAGAGAAAGAUGUACGUUUUGGUGUGACAAUGUUGAGCUCUUCAUCAUCACAGACUAGCCGCCUAAGUGACAUGAAGUAUGGUACACCAACAAACAAUGCCCUCUCAGGUGGAGAAAUUGCAGGUAUUUCCAUAGCUUCUACUUUCCUGAUGGUCUUCAUCAUUGCUGGCUUGAUACUGGUGUGUAGAGUGGUGAAGAAGAGAUGUAUGGAAUGCAGAGAACCAUACAAGAUUCAUACUCCUUUUGUGGAAACUGAGGGAUCCUGCGAUCACACUAAUUCAGAGUCUACUGACAAUUCUAGAGAUACUCUACUGCCCAGGAAAUAUACACAUGAGAAACACAUCGCAUUCUGAUGUAUAUUACUCAUUGAUGGACAAGAAUACAUACGUGUAUAGUACGGAUUUCGAGGAAUGUGUUGGCCAGACUAAUGGGAUACAGCAGCUACUUACUCAACAGAUAAGUAUUGACAGUGGUAGAGGUGGUAGUGUGGUUACAGAGCCAGAAUCUCCCAACAUACUGAACCCUGUCCCAGAGGAUGAACCAAGUCCACAUGGCAACAGACUGACUGAUGGGUACAUACAGAUAGUAGAGGAGAGUAACUCCCACGAGGUGAACUCUGACCCUAAUUCAAUAAUAGCAGCUUUUGUGAUAGAUAAUGGUAACCCUGUAGAGAUUGAAAAUAACACUGGUAUAACUGACAACAAACAUGUGAAGCCAAACACUCCCAGUGCUGAAAAACCAAAUCCAACUCCUGCUACUGAAACCAGUUCCUCAGAAGUCCAAGAUUACACACAAAUAGAUGGUAAUAAUGGUAGUAUAGGGAAUAAAGGACACUUGCAGAAUGGGGCUUAUUUAUCAGCUACUCUAUAUGUUCCCACAACAAAUGUGACUAGUUCACCAACUGCUCCAUAUGUUUCCACAACAAAUGUGACUAGUUCACCAACUACUCCAUAUGUUCCCACAACAGAUGUGACUAGUUCACCAACUACUCCAUAUGUUGGCUCAACAGAUGUGACUAGUCCACCAACUACUCCAUAUGUCCCCACAACAAAUGUGACUAGUUCACCAACUACUCCAUAUGUCCCCACAACAGAUGUGACUGGUUCACCAACUACUCCAUAUGUUCCCACAACAAAUGUGACUAGUUCACCAACUACUCCAUAUGUUGGCUCAACAGAUGUGACUAGUUCACCAACUACUCCAUAUGUCCCCACAACAAAUGUGACUAGUUCACCAACUACUCCAUAUGUUCCCACAACAAAUGUGACUAGUUCACCAACUACUCCAUAUGUUGGCUCAACAGAUGUGACUAGUUCACCAACUACUCCAUAUGUCCCCACAACAAAUGUGACUAGUUCACCAACUACUCCAUAUGUUCUCACAACAAAUGUGACUAGUUCACCAACUACUCCAUAUGUUCCCACAACAAAUGUGACUAGUUCACCAACUACUCCAUAUGUCCCCACAACAAAUGUGACUAGUUCACCAACUACUCCAUAUGUUGGCUCAACAGAUGUGACUAGUUCACCAACUACUCCAUAUGUUUCCACAACAAAUGUGACUAGUUCACCAACUACUCCAUAUGUCCCCACAACAAAUGUGACUAGUUCACCAACUACUCCAUAUGUUGGCUCAACAGAUGUGACUAGUUCACCAACUACUCCAUAUGUUUCCACAACAAAUGUGACUAGUUCACCAACUACUCCAUAUGUUGGCUCAACAGAUGUGACUAGUUCACUGAAUACUCCAUAUGUUUUCACAACAGAUGUGAUUAGUCCAUCAACUACUCCAUAUGUUGGCUCAACAGAUGUGACUGGUUCACCAACUACUCCAUAUGUCCCCACAACAGAUGUGACUAGUUCACCAACUACUCCAUAUGUUGACUCAACAAAUGUGACUAGUUCACCAACUACUCCAUAUGCUGGCUCAACAGAUGUGACUGGUCCAUCAACUACUCCAUAUGUUGGCUCAACAAAUGUGACUAGUUCACCAACUACUCCAUAUGUUCCCACAACAAAUGUGACUAGUCCACCAACUACUCCAUAUGUUGACUCAACAGAUGUGACUGGUUCACCAACUACUCCAUAUGUCCCCACAACAAAUGUGACUAGUUCACCAACUACUCCAUAUGUCCCCACAACAGAUGUGACUGGUUCACCAACUACUCCAUAUGUUCCCACAACAAAUGUGACUAGUCCACCAACUACUCCAUAUGUUGACUCAACAGAUGUGACUGGUUCACCAACUACUCCAUAUGUCCCCACAACAAAUGUGACUAGUUCACCAACUACUCCAUAUGUUCCCACAACAGAUGUGACUAGUUCACCAACUACUCCAUAUGUUCCCACAACAGAUGUGACUAGUUCACCAACUACUCCAUAUGUUGACUCAACAGAUGUGACUAGUUCACCAACUACUCCAUAUGUCCCCACAACAGAUGUGACUGGUUCACCAACUACUCCAUAUGUCCCCACAACAAAUGUGACUAGUCCACCAACUACUCCAUAUGUCCCCACAACAAAUGUGACUAGUUCACCAACUACUCCAUAUGUCCCCACAACAAAUGUGACUAGUCCACCAACUACUCCAUAUGUUGACUCAACAGAUGUGACUGGUUCACCAACUACUCCAUAUGUCCCCACAACAAAUGUGACUAGUUCACCAACUACUCCAUAUGUUUCCACAACAAAUGUAACUGGUUCACUGAAUACUCCAUAUGUUUCCACAACAAAUGUAACUGGUCCACCAACUACUCCAUAUGUCCCCACAACAAAUGUGACUAGUUCACCAACUACUCCAUAUGUUGGCUCAACAGAUGUGACUACUUCACCAACUACUCCAUAUGUUCCCACAACAAAUGUGACUAGUUCACCAACUACUCCAUAUGUUUCCACAACAAAUGUGACUAGUUCACCAACUACUCCAUAUGUUCCCACAACAAAUGUGACUAGUUCACCAACUACUCCAUAUGUUUCCACAACAAAUGUGACUAGUUCACCAACUACUCCAUAUGCUGGCUCAACAAAUGUGACUGGUUCAUUAACUACUCCAUAUGUUUCCACAACAAAUGUGACUAGUUCACCAACUACUCCAUAUGUUCCCACAACAAAUGUGACUAGUUCACCAACUACUCCAUAUGUUUCCACAACAAAUGUGACUAGUUCACCAACUACUCCAUAUGCUGGCUCAACAGAUGUGACUGGUCCAUCAACUACUCCAUAUGUUGUCUCCACAAAUGUUACAUGUCCUUCAAGACCUCCACAUGUUGACUCAACUUCAACCUCACUAAAUGUUGACUUCACAAAUGUGACUUUACUUUCGACUACUCCAUAUGUUCACUCUACAAAUGUGUCUGCUUAGUUUUCAUGAUUGGUUGAGCCAGCAACUCAUCAAAAUUCGCCCCAAAGUUGAACAUGAUCAUAAUACGGGGAGCCUGGUACAAGAGAUGGGUGCUUAUUAUAAAAAGAGUUUGAGUGUGAAACCAGAUAUUCUAUUGUUAUUGCUGGUAUUUUUUUGCCCAAUUUUUUUAUGGAUUUAUGCUUAAACUUACCGGUGCUUUGUGUUGUAAAACAACUUAAUGGAGUGACAUGAAGUGGUGUAAUCACAGGUCAGAAGGAUCGUGUAGGGUGAAGAUAAAAGCAGCCUAGUAAUGUGUUGUAGGGAAAACUUCCUCAUACUUACAACAUAAAAUACAAGCUGUUUUUAUCUCUAAUGAAAUCCUAUUCAUGUCAUUUUUCAUUACUUCAUAAUUCAUUUUUUUUAUAACAUGUACUCAAUGAAGACAAUACCUUUGUAUUAGCAUAUAUUUUUAUUAAUUCCUAGGCACAAAAAAAUACUACUACCAAAUCCAAUAUCAUUUUUGUCUCGCGUGUGACCAAUGUUUCCACCAGUGUCAGCAUCUGUGUUAAACUCCAGGUUAUUCAAUAAUUACAAGUGCUGCUAUAUAGCUAUCACCAAAACUGUUUAUAGGCAUGUCUAAGUUAAAGAAUCUCGGUUUCUCUUGUGAUUUUAGCCCAUACUUGAUGUUUAAUUGGACUUGGUUAAUCAUCAAGAGAAUGUUAAUUUUAAGGACUUUGAGAAGACAGGACAUGCAUGACAUUAUAUAAUUAUUAACAUUGUGUUUCUUGUUAAGUUUUGUUAACAUUUUCCACAGCAUAUGGAUGUGUGGAUAUCUAAUUGUAUGUAACUUUUUAGUUUAAAUUGGUUGAAGCUCUCUGGCUAGAGGGGCUCAGCCCUGUGAACAAAAAAAUUGUGGAGGAUGACUUUCAUUGUCAAAGAAGUUUUUAAUUAACAUAUUUUUGCGAGGGAUAAAUGGAAAUAAGUAGAUGCUUUACAUCAAUUUUCCCAAAGAAAUCUUGUACGGUAUAGCAAGGUAUACUGGUAAGCUUAUACCAUAUGUUUGUUGCAAUAUUUGUGAUAUUGUUUUUACAACCAUAUUAUCACAGAUUUUACAACCAUCGAUGUACGGUAUACCAUGUAUACUAGCAAACUUUUACCCCAGUGGUGGAUGUUCUCAAUAUGUGAUAAGUGUUUAUGAAUGUUUUGAGUAUUGGUGAAGAAUUCUGUAGACAUCGUUGUGGCUCUACCCCGGCCCUCUGUACUGGUGGAUUAUUUACCCACGGGUAGAGGUCCCAAUUCUAAGCGAUACCCAGAUGAAUUGUGUUGAAGUAGCGUUGGCAGAGUCCAUGUAUAGCAUCAGAUUUACACUAUAACAGCUGAGUCAGUCUUUAAGCCAAAGAUGUUUUUGUUGUAUAUAUUACUUACGUAUUUCAGUGAUGUUUUCUAUGCAUCUUACUCUUCUCAUAGGGAUAUACACAAAUAUUGUUUUUUCUUGGUGCAUGUUGAUGUCAAUACUUCAUAUUUCUUCAAUGAAAUUUUCAAACUUAUUUUUGUUGUUUGUUAUUAAUGCCAUAAAUAACAAGAUUGGUUAUGUUUUCAGUGCUCUCUCAGAAAUCUAUUGUUUAAGUUGUAGAAUCUGUUACUACUAAAAAUCUCAUAUUUUAAGAAAAUGUACCUUGUUAAGAUAUUAGUGUUACAUGUUCAUCAUUUUAUUGUUUUGUUUCCUGUUAAGAUAAUAUUUUCAUAUUUUUCUUUGAAUUAAAAUUCUAAUGUAUUUGUUGAGAGUGAUUUGAUACAAAGUAUUGACAAGACAACUUUUAUUAUUUGAAACAAUGUCUUGGUAAUAACAAUGUAUAAAUAAUUACUACAAUGUAUAAAUAAUUACAAUGUAUAAGUAUUUGCAAUGUAUAUAUAUACUAGGAUGGGAGAAUCAUUGAUAUGUAUAUAACAAAUAUUGUACAUUUUUAAUCAGAAUUCUUUUACAGCUAUACUUUUAUUAAUGUGCUAUUUUCUGUAACCACUUAUGGUGAGAAUUAUUGUUAAAAUUGUAAAAAUCUUUUAUGUGUAAAUUGUAUCACUUCAUCAGAUAUAGUUUGUAUUGUAUGAUUAGUAUAAAUAAAGAGUUUGUAGAAAUACAUUAUUUUGUGAUAUAAAAAUGAAUGUCUUUUUACCUAGCAAUAUUCAUCAUUUUACUUGUAACCUUAGCUUAUGUAGUAUUUCUAAUUUUACACAGUGUAGAACAAUCAACCAUGGGUAUCCACCGUGGGUAUGUCACAGUAUAAUCUCAUUUACAAUCUUUAGUGCUGCCAUUGUAUUUCAAUAUCAUCAUUUUCAUUCUAUCACAUUUUUGUUUCACCUGUGACACAGUCGAAAGGGAGACUGUGGUGUUACUAUACCGAUGGUCAGGUGGUGACAAAUGUAUUUCAACUAAACCGGGAAUAUAGUUGCAUUGUAGCAUGGAAAUGGCAACUCAGCCUACUGAUUAUAUUCAUUUCAAUUUUUGCUUUAUUUUUUGGUUAAAAACCUUAGAUCUUAAGUAGUUGAAAUCAAGUGAUUAUCGCAUCUCCAUUUGAUUUUCAAAUGAGUUUAUAGCCAAAUUGGAAGGAAUUAUAAAACCAGAUUUUUAGAGUAAAAAUGCUGUGUAUUUUUAGAAUUGGGUGAUUUUUCAACAAAAAUCAUAUUCACCUGUCUAUAGCAUACAUGUAUACAGGGUGCUUCCAUACUAUCAAGUGGGAUUUUGUAGUUUACUUAAAACUUACUAUUUUGACAAAGUGGGACAGGCAAGACAUAUAAUUACAUGUAAUUCUGAAGUAUCGUAGUGUUCAUCAAAUCAAUAUUUUAAAAAUGCGGUAUUAAAGUUUUAGCUCACCUACCCGAAGGUAUCAACUUUUCCAUUUAAACAACUUCUUUUCAAUAACCAAGAGGCUCAGGGACUUCAUAUUAGGUCUACAUCAUGCCGGGGUAAAGGGCUACCAAGUUUGUUCAAAUUAAUGACCUUGACCUAAUUCAAGGUCACAGGGGUCAAAUAGACUGAAAUCUUCAAACAACUUCUCAAUGACCAAGAGGCCCAGGGACUUGAUAUUGGGUCUGUAGCAUGCUGAGGUGAAGGGCUUCUAAGAUUGUUCAAUCGAAUGACCUUGACCGAUAUUCAAGGUCACAGGGGUUGACUAGGUUAAAAUGUUUAAACAACUUUUUUUCUGAAUAACCAAGAGGCCCAGGGACUUAAUAUUUGGUCGGUAGCAUACUGGGGUAAAGGUCUACCAAUUUUGUUCAAAUGAAUGACCUUUAUCUACAUUCAAGGUCACAGGGGUCGAAUAGGCAAAAAUCUUGAAAAGGCUUCUUCUCAAUAACCAAUAGGCCCAUGCAGGGAGUUGAUGUAGGUCUAGCUGUAGCAUGCUGGGGUAAAGGGCUACCAUGUCUGAUCAAAUGAAUGACCUUGACCAUGAUUUAAUUUUGAAAGAGUUAAAUUGGCUAAAGUAUUUAAAAGAAACCUUUACAAAUGUCUGUGAGACCCUGUGAUCUUAUAUCUGGUCUCUGAUACAAUUGUCCUUAAUUAUCACUUGAUAGUAGGUGAGUGAUUCUGUCCAUUGGGCCCUUGUUUUAGGUCACCUGAGACAAAGUCACAGUUGUCUGUUGUGAUAGCCUUUUGUCUGUCUUCCAUCCGUAAUCAUGUAACGUUUUCAACUUUUCCAAAACCACUGAACCUGAAUAUCAAUGAAAUUUUGCAGAAACCUGCUAAUUUGGCCACAGGUCAGCCAAAGCCCAAAAUUGUGAAUUAUAUGGUUCCCACUACCCAGGGGCAGGGCAAAAAGGGGUUGAAUUUAUUGAAAUUUCAAAACCUCCCCCUCAAGGCCCAGAUAUGGUAGAAUUGAAUACAUUUUGUACUCUUCAUAGAAGAGAUCAUGAUCAUGCUGAAAAUUGAAUGUUAAACAUCAGCAGACAUUCUUAAUGUUGACUGUUUUUUACUGCUACAUACUGUUUAAUUUUUGGUUGAAUAAACUCUGACUUUGUUUAUAUAGCUACGAUAGGAGUUUUCAGGUACAGUGGAACCUCAUUAUCUCAAAGUCAUUAAAGGUCAUGAACAGACUUUUUGUGUAUUUGAGGUAACUUAAUAUGUUUUAUACAGAAUUUUCACAAUCAGGACUGAAUUUUUACUUUGAGUUGAAAAGGGUUUUCAAGUUAUCAGAGAUAACAAAAGUUUGACUGAACAUUAAGAAUCAUGUAUGUUUAAAUUGAUGUGAUAAUUUUACCUGUUCUACUAACAGGUCUUGUCAGCAUUAGAAAAAGUCUUAUAAACAGUUCAUGCCUUUUGGUUAUUUGCCAUAUGGCCCUGCACCAGGCUUUUCACACAUAUAUGUAUAUUAUAGAGCAUUGUAAUUCAGCUAACGUGCAUGGAUUGGACCAAUAUGUCCUGAUAACACUAGUCAUUGAAAUCUUCUGUCAAUCCAUGUAUUCAUAGCAAUGUGAAUGCAGUUACACUAUAUUAUGUGUUCCAUUAUAUCCAGAGAGCUGACAAUGUACAUUUAUAUGAUUUAACUUGCUUGCAUCAUAUAUAUGUCAUAGAAGUUUUCAUUGUAUAUGAAGAUGAUGUAUAUCAUUAAUAAAAUGUCAAAAUAUCUUCAA